ACAUGACAAAAUAUCCGCUCAAAGUUGUGUGCGCCAUAGGUGCCGGAGUGCUUGUUUGUGUCAGCUAUUUUAAAGCACUUCAACCAUACGAGUCCUACCAAAUUACCGUGAAGGAAAGACCGGAAGAGCAAGUGGCAAAACUCACAAAACGAGAGCGGCGCUUUAUCGAGUUUGCUUCAGCCGAAUAUGCAGGCCAAAUCUACAUGACACCGGGCGAUUUCCUAGCAUCACUACUGGAACGGAACCCGAAGCCAUGUCUCCGAAGGAGACUCCUAACCAAUGACGAACUGGCAUACUUCCAUAAGAUAGUUCCAGCGGUUGAGAAAAACACAAGCAUGCUUUUUAGAAAGCUGUCAGACUCGGGAAUCCUUUCGUUUGCUGACUAUUUGUUUCUGCUGUCGAUACUGACCAGACCGGAAAGCGGAUUCCGCAUUGCUUUCGAUAUGUUCGAUAUGGACGGAAAUCAACGGAUCGACCAUGAUGAGUUUGUAGCGAUUCGGCAAAUAUUGGGAAGAACGCUGAAUGAUCGUAAGGCAGAUGAGGAUACCAGGAAAACUUUGACGAGACUAACAUCCAAGGCAGAUUGUCCUAAACGUCCGAACGAAGGCUUCGAGGUAGAGAAGAGUAUUGCCUCUACCCUGCAAAUUCAUUUCUUUGGCGUCGAAAGGACUGGUACAUUACAGUAUUCAGAUUUUUCUAGGUUUAUGAAGAACCUACAGCAAGAAGUGCUGCAAAUUGAAUUCGGAAGAUACUCCAGAGGCAGGAACUACAUUUCCGAUGAUGAAUUUGCUCAUUUACUUCUGAGCUACACCAAUUUAAGACCCCUACAGUAUGGCAAGUACUUGCAGCGUAUUCAAAGCUUAAGCGGUCGCCACACGGUUACGUACGAAGAGUUUCAAGCAUUCUGCCAAGUUUUGCACAACCUUGAGGAUUUUGUUACUGCGAUGCGGUUCUUCUAUUCGGUCAAAACAGCCAUUUCGAAGGACGAGUUUGCGCAAGCUGUGCGCAUAUGUUCCGGAUUGAAGGUCGACGCUCACAUAAUCGACCUCGUGUUUGCGCUGUUCGAUGAGGACUGCAAUGGGUUCAUCUCGUUUAACGAAUUUCUAUUGAUUAUAAAGAAUAAGUUACGCUUCCGCUGUGACAGUCAUCCAGAUGGUGUCAAAGCUUUUAAGAAAUGUAUGCGACAGGAAAUGAGGUAUUAGGUUUAGUGGCUCUAAGU